AACAAACAAAGGAUCAAGACCGGUACUGUAGCAGAUUGCCCUUCCCCAAUCCAUUGUUUUCACUGAAAGGAGACGGAUUUUUUAUAUCCUGCGUGGUUGCCUACAGGGGCGCAAAGUGGUUGUUUUCUGCAACAGGUCACCUGAAAUCAUAUCUGUGGGAGAACCGACGAGGCGAUAAAAUAACCCGAUUAAAAGCAAUUCACGGUGCAGAUUCAACAUUAGUUCCAUCAGACAGAACGUCGCUUGACUCGCUACGAAACGGAACUGGCUAAAUGGCGCAAUUCGUGCUACGGUGUUGUUCAAGAAUGAAAACGGCGUCUUGUGUGUAGGCUAUUAGCGUGCGUGCUUAAUCCCAGGUAUUGUCGUCAUUAUGACUGCGAUGCAGACAGGACAAAGCACUGCGCAAGACUGCACACCGACAUACGUAACAUUGUUCGGCACAAACUCUGCCAGAUUGUUGGAAACACUAGAAAGUCAAGACGGUGUAGAAACGUGCCGAGUAGCCUAAUGUUAUGUUCCGUUACUGUAAACGGCUAUUAACAACCAUUUGAUUUUACAUUUCCGCCAGAUGAACUAAAUGAACAACCAAGAACGUUCUCUCUGUAACCAUUAGGACAAGAUCCAAGUCUUCGUUUUUGAGGGGAAAAAAAACACAAACUGCUUUCCUCGGAGAGAGAGUAGGAGCCAAACCCCUGUGCUCUUCGUCUCCACGGCAACAGCGAGAUGACGGACGUGGUGGUGAAGCUGGAGGGGAGGCAGGGAGGAGAUGAGGGUGGGGUCAUACGGGCGGGGCCCCGGACGGGCUCGCCGUGCGAUUGGCUCGUACAGCCGCCCGUCGAGCGGUCGGAAACUCCGUCGGGGGCGAUGCGGGACACGCCCACACCGCCGCAGGAUGAUUCUGCAGUCAAGCAGGAGCCGGAUGAGUCUCACAGGAGUCUGGAGAGAUUGGACCAGCACCCCAACAUCAGUGAGGGAGGCGCAGAGAGCCUGGCGGAGAAGGAGCUGCAGGUGGUGCUGAUGAUCAGGCAGCUCUCCGGCCUGCGGGAGGCGCUGCUGGGCGCUCAGUCCGAGCACAAGAACAUGGCCGCCCUCCUCAUGGUCAAGCAGCAACAGCAGAUGGAGCUGGCACAGCAGCAGCAGGAGCAGAUCACUAGGCAACAGCAACAGCUGAUCCAGCAGCAGCAGAAGAUCAACCUCUUGCAGCAGCACAUCCAGGUGAACAUGCCCUUUGUGAUGAUUCCAGCCUUCCACCACAGCAGAGAGUCCCAAAUGGGCCCGCCCCGCCAGCCAAUCGGCUGCAAGCAAGUGGAAAAUCCCAGGGCCCUCUCCACUGGUCAGGUCACCCCCGUGAAGUCUAAUGGUACAGUCCGCUCACAGGGGGAAAGCCAGCCGCUGAACCUGACCUCCAAGCUCACAGGGCAGGAGCAGAGGAAGAUGCCCCGCCCCCAAACCCUGGACUCUGCACACAGCCAACCACAGCCUGCACUGCACCUGGGUGUCCAGUCGGAGGGCGGUAUGGUGUCCCGGUCCCUUCAGGAUGCCCAGGGGCUACUGAGGACCCACGGAUUAGGGGGACAAGAGAGAGACCCCACCACACCAGCGGAGGCGUCUGCCAGUGAGGAGCGGACCCACAGAAAGAGGAAAGCAGAGGCAGCCAUGGAGGAUCAUCUCAGCAGCGACACGGAAGUGGGGGCGCCGACGAGCGCAGCCCGACGGAGUUUCUCUGAAAGCUCCGCCCCCUCCUCCGAGCACAUCAAGAGGCCGAUGAACGCGUUCAUGGUGUGGGCCAAAGGGGAGCGGCGGCGAAUCCUGCAGACGUUUCCCAACAUGCACAACUCCAGCAUCAGCAAGAUCCUGGGCAGCCACUGGAAGUCCAUGUCUAACCAGGAGAAGCAGCCCUACUACGAGGAGCAGGCCCGGCUCAGCCGUCAGCACCUGGAGCGUUACCCUGACUACAAGUACAGGCCCCGCCCGAAGCGCACCUGCGCGCUGGAGGGGCGUCGGCCGCGUGCGGUGGAGAGCAACGCCGCCAUGAAGAGCCCUCACCUGGAACCGCGCCACACUCUUUCCCCCAGCCAAUCAGAUCUGAGCCACCGGCAGCGCCGCUCCUCCGGCGACGCCCGGAACCAGACGACGCACCUGUCUGCGGGAUCGUUCCCAUGGCAACCGGUUCUCGUAGACCACUUCCUGCACCAUGGACCCGAGCCCCCAAAUUCUGGAUCGGUCCACAGGUACCCCGAGGAGGGCAACAGACGAGACCACAGCACAGGGGAGGAGAUGGACAGAGGCAGCAGCGAAUCAGAGUCCAUGGGCCACACAGACUGACCUAGGGGCAGAGGUCAGGGGUCAGAGAGGUUAAAGGUCAGAGCAAGACUGUUGUUCCAGAUCUCAGCAGCAGUGGAUGAACAGUGUCCUGUGUUGCUCUUCAUCUUUUUAAAAUCUGUUCACGUUUUGUUUUCUGUGUGAUGGCAUACUUUUUUUUUUUUUUUCUUUACUGGAUCCAACAUGAUUAUGUUUUUGUUAGUUAAUUGUUUACUGAGGCCACCCUGCAAAAAAAAAAGAAACAAGUUAAGGUUUGUGUUGUUUUAAAAGUGGCUUUGGGAUGUGGCGCACGUGCCUAAAUGAACAGCUGUGUGUUUUCCUCUCAUCAGUGUUCUCUGAGCGAAUAACCCAACCCUAUGUCUCUCACCGAUGAUGCAUGACUGCAAUACUACUCUACAGAACUCUUAAGAAUUAGCAAAUAAUAAUGGAAAACACUAUUGAAAGAAAAAAAAAUUAUCCCCAGAUAGCUUUCUGAUCCCUUAAAGAUCACAUCAGAAUCCUGCAGGUUAUGGUAUGCUCCAGCAAUUCCUCUGCGGAUUGUUUCUGUUAAAUCCCCUCUCAGUGGAGAAAAAACAAAAGAACUAAAGCCUUUUUUAAAAGUCAGGACAGGUAUUUUGAAGGUUACAGAAUAAAGGGUAGGUUAUGUGUGCUGACUAGGUGGAUUGUUCCAAUGCGACAUUCGAGUAGUUCAUCCAUGAAAAUUAAAGAUAAAAGAUAAACAAGUCAAGGUCAGAACAUGUAUUUUCAAAGUUACAGAAUAAAGUAUAGAUUGUGUGCCAAAUAGGUGGAUUAUUUUACUAGAUUUACUUUUUGUAGAUCACGCCUGUUGAAAGCACUGAAAAUGAGAACAUCACUGUGGGCUGUUUUGCAUUACUAACGUUGUAACUUUUGUUUUUUGUUCCGUUUUGUGUUUUUGUGAGAAAUUGUCCUUACCGUGGUGCUGAUUUUGGGAAACGAGUGUAACUGUGCAGGAGAGACUAGCGAUGAACAACUGCCCAUUAAAUCGGCCAACUAUAGGUCAACUGCUGAAAAAACUACAGUUCUCUGUAAAUACUGAUAUACUUCAAUUUGUUUACGGAGCUCUCUGUAUUAUAAGUGUACAUUUUUGGUUUUGAGUUUUUGUUUUUGUUGUUGAAAGGAAUAAAGAUUGUAAUUGA